AUGAAUCGCACACUUUCAUAUGAUCUUCUCGAGAAUGAAACAGCGCGACAUUCGGCGAUUGUUCAAAAUCUGUGUUUGGAGGGCGAAGGAGCACUUGUUUCCAAUCCCCUCUACAGAUGCUUUCAACUUAUACAAGUAAUCGAAUGCAUAAUUGCUAUUGUAUCUUUGCCAUUGGUCUACUGUAGAUAUAUUCAAUCUGCUGCCUUUCAUAUAAAUUUAAAGAUUUUACUUUGCUUGUACUAUCAAAUCGCUGGUGUUUACGUGCUUGUAGUUUUGAUUUGCACGAUAUUCCAAGCAGUGCUAUGGUUAACAAGUCGCAAUCCUUGCGAUGUGUACCCUUCACGUUUUGCACAUGAAUUUUUCAAUCUCUCCGAGUUGUAUUGUUUACUUUAUCUGUUGGCAUCACAACCGUUGGUGAGCCUUGAAAGAACUAUCGCGACCCUUCGUGUUGAUACCUAUGAGAAAUGUUCAAAGAAGUCCGCCGCAGUGUUAUAUGUGAUCGCAUCGCUUGCGAUUCCCGGCGGCUUAUUGUAUUACGUAUAUCAUGAUGUGCGCUUCACAGAACCUCAUCUGAGCUGCUUCAGUGAUCAAUCGAAAGCUACCGACAGAAUAACGAUUGUCUCUGCUCUUGCUAUUUUCCUAAGUCUCUCUAGCGUCAUAGUCCAGAAAAUAUUAACGUUUAUCAAUUCGAAACGGAAAACUAGAGCAACCGACACACGACUAUCUACACAAUAUCAACUAUCCGAAAACAUUGCAGCAACGUCAUUUGUUUCCUGGAUACUAUUUCUGCAGAUGCUAGCAUCAGUUGGGUACUCAGCAGCGAGUCUAAUCUGCGGUUUUUUCAUCGAAGGGUUGUUCAAUAACGACCGGAACAAAAAGCUCAUCGCCAAGGAGGGUUAUUACAUCAUUCCUCUUGCGAUGGUCCUACUACCUUGGUUGAGCGUUUACUUAUUAAAGGAACGAAACAAAACAAGAAGCUCUACAAUCGAAUCAUCAAUACACCAAUCAAAGGGCGAUAACGCUAUGGUACUGUACUCGUCAAUGCUUAAAGAGCAGUGGUCUAAAUAA